AUGCGAGGUGCCACCAUCCUCAAAGCAUCUGAUGAUAAGACCAGAGAUCUUAACAAACACACCCUUUUGGCAUUCUCUGGAGAAGCCGGUGACACAGUGCAAUUCGCCGAAUACAUUCAACGAAAUGCCCAGCUCUACUCGAUGCGAAACGAGUCCGACCUAUCCCCCUCUGCUCUUGCCCACUUCGUCCGUGGAGAGCUCGCUACCAGCUUGCGAUCCCGAAAGCCUUACAAUGUCAACCUGCUCAUGGGUGGUGUUGACCCUAUUACUGGCAAGCCAUCCCUCUACUGGCUCGACUACCUAGCGUCGCUGGCCGAGGUUCCUUAUGCUGCCCAUGGCUACGCCCAAUACUACUGCCUCUCUAUCCUCGACAAGCACCACCACCCCGACAUCACUCUCCACCAGGGCAUCAAGAUCCUGACGAUGUGUACCGACGAACUAAAGCGGCGCUUACCGAUUGACUUCAAGGGCAUGGUGGUCAAGGCGGUCAAGGCAGAUGGGAUCAUAGAUAUUGAGUUUGACGACGACAAGGUGGUCAAGUGUGCUUAA